CAUCAUCAUCAUGACUGACGUAGCUAGACCCACUGCCAACAACAAGAGUUUCCAAGAUAAGGGCAAGCCCAUGGAGGUACGGAUGAGCAACAUCAUCGCUGCCAAAGCCGUAGGUGACGCGAUCCGUACUUCAUUGGGUCCUCGUGGAAUGGACAAGAUGAUCCAAACUGGAGGUGGUGAGGUUGUGAUUACCAACGAUGGUGCUACUAUUCUCAAGCACAUGGCCGUUCUUCAUCCUGCUGCCAAGAUGUUGGUCGAUUUGUCUGCUGCUCAGGAUGUCGAGGCUGGUGACGGUACCACCUCUGUUGUCGUUCUUUGCAGUUCUAUGCUGUCUGCUGCCGAGAAGUUGCUCAACAAGGGUAUUCACCCCACAACCAUUGCUGAGUCUUUCCAGCGUGCUGCACAAAAGUCUGUCGAAUUCUUGACCGAGAUGUCCACACCCGUCAACCUUGCCGAUCGUGAAUCUCUCUUGAGAGCCGCUUCGACCUCCCUGAACUCCAAGAUUGUGUCCCAGUACUCGAGCUUGUUGGCUCCUAUUGCCGUCGAUGCCGUUAUCCGUGUUAUUGAUCCUACUGUGACAAACAAUGUUAACCUCAACGAUGUCCGCAUUGUCAAGAAGGUCGGAGGUACCAUUGACGACACCGAACUUGUAGACGGUGUGGUUAUGAACCAGAAUGUCGUAAAGUCUGCUGGUGGACCCACUCGUGUCGAAAAGGCCAAGAUCGGUCUCAUUCAGUUCCAGCUCUCCCCCCCUAAGCCCGACAUGGAGAACCAGAUUGUCGUCAAUGACUAUCGCCAGAUGGACAAGAUCCUCAAGGAGGAGCGUCAGUACUUGCUCAAUAUGUGCAAGAAGAUCAAGAAGUCUGGCUGCAACGUGCUUUUGAUCCAAAAGUCAAUUUUGCGUGAUGCUGUCAAUGAACUUUCUCUUCACUUCUUGGCCAAGCUCAAGAUUAUGGUCAUUAAGGAUAUCGAGCGUGAUGAGGUUGAAUUCCUUGCCAAGUCUCUCGGCUGCAGACCCGUUGCUGAUGUCGAAUCUUUCACUGAGGACAAGUUGGGUUAUGCUGAUCUGGUAGAGGAGGCUGAUUCAGCAGGAUCUCGCAUUGUCAAGGUUACCGGUAUGAAGCACGCCGGCAAGACUGUGUCUGUUGUAUGCCGUGGUGCCAACUCCUUGGUUUUGGAGGAGUCUCACCGUUCUCUCCACGAUGCCUUGUGUGUCAUCCGUUGUUUGGUCAAGAAGAAGGCCUUGAUUGCUGGUGGCGGAGCCCCUGAAAUCGAAGUUUCCCAGAGAUUGAUGAAGUUCGCAAAGACCUUGACUGGUAUGGAGCAGUACUGCUUCCACGCCUUUGCCGAAUCUCUCGAGGUUAUUCCUACCACUCUUGCUGAGAACGCAGGUUUGAACCCCAUUGGUAUUGUUACUGAGUUGAGAAACAAGCACGCCCACGGUGAGGUCACUGCUGGUAUCAAUGUCAAGAAGGGAACUAUCACAAACAUUCUUGAUGAGAAUGUCAUCCAGCCCUUGUUGGUCAGCACCAGCGCAAUUGAAUUGGCCGCAGAGACCGUCAAGAUGAUCAUGAAGAUUGAUGAUUUGGUCCAGAGCCGAUAAAGGAAAUAUACAUAAAAAUAUAUACACAAAAGACAAAGAAGAAGGAGAAUGGAGAGAGAAUAAAAGAAAGAAUCAAAGAAAAAGAAAAGAGUAGUUGUAUAAAGAACCAAAAAAAUGGAUAAAGAUAAUAUAUACAUAUACAUAUAUAUAUUUACACACACACACACACACACACACACAUACAUACAAAUUCCCUCAUAAUUUCUUCAAUGAAAACGCACAGCUCUAUUAUUAUUAUUUUAUUCAAC